AUGAUCGCCCCCCACAGUGAGACUUUGAGGAAGUGGGAGGAGUCUGCUACUAACAACUCCAGCCACACCUGCCCUGAGGACCACUUUGACACUCCUGCCUUAGCCUCCGUGGACCGUGAGAAUCGUGUGGACCGUAGCGGACCGUGGACCGGCGGAUGCGCAGUCCGUGUCCCGGGGAUGGAGCGCCGCGGGUGGCUGCUCGUGCUCGUGUGGACGUGGGUCUGGGAGCUGAGCGUGCGCGCAGACUCCAUCAUCCACAUCGGAGCCAUCUUUGAGGACAACGCGGUGCGGGACGACGAGGUGUUCCAGCUCGCCGUCUCCGACCUCAGUCUGAGCGACGACAUCCUCCACAGCGAGAAGAUCACUCACUCCAUCAAACUCAUCGAAGCCAACAACCCUUUCCAGGCCGUUCAAGAAGAGCCCACUCCCCUCCACACUCACCCUCAGACACUCCCCCCUGACUCGCCAGACUCACCCCUCCAGACUCCCCCCCAGACUCUUCUCAAUACUCUCCCCCAGACUCCCCCCCCGGAGCGGGUGGAGCAGGUUGAGCAGAAAUGUGUGGAUUGA